AUGCAUCUAGAUUUCUAGUAUAAAGAAGGCACUUCAAAUACCUGCGAUAAGGUCAUAUGCUGCAGAGCGAUCAACGGAUUUCCAUCAGACACAAACAUCUAAUCUGGCUAGUACGGAGAAUAUAAAUGUGACUCACCUAUUAAACUGCUAACAAGCAUGGCAGACUAUAUUAAUAAUGUAGUUUAACCAGAUGUGAUUAUAUGGACAGGGGACAGUGUGCCUCAUUCAGAGUCAAUGGGUAUUGGUUUUGAAGAGAAAAAGAGUUAUUUCCAAUGGAUUAAUUAGUUUCUUAAAAGUAACUUCACUAAUAUACCUUUAUAUCCUACUAUUGGAAACCAUGAUUAUUCGAAAACUAAUUUCGAAGAUUUUACCCGACAAGAGCCACUAUUUUAGUAUCUGUAGACCGAUUGGAGUUAUUGGCUAGAUGCCUCUGCUAUGGCCUUGUUUAAAUAAAAAGGUUAUUACAAGUAGGUUUUAAAACUAAAGGGAGGAAGAACUUUCAGCAAUAUCUAUAUAAUAGGCUUGAACACGGAGGUAUGUUAUUUCUACAAUUUCUACCUUUUUUCGCAAAGAAAUGACCCUGGAGAUCUUCUUAAUUGGCUAGACAUAACUCUAACAGAUUUAGAAGCAAAUUAUAAAAUAGCAAUACUAAUUGGUCACAUUCCACCUAAUGGAAUGGACUGCAAUAACGGUUGGUCUUCUAGAUAUAAGGCUAUUACAGAUAGAUUUUAACAUAUCAUUCGAUUUUCAGCUUAUGGGCAUUCCCACAAGGAAUGGCAUAAUAAUGCGAGAGCUGUGAUAUCAGCUAAACCAAUUGGUGUUCAGUACUAAACUGGAUCUAUAACGCCACUAAAAAAUAACAAUCCAUCUUUUAGAGUCUAUGAAGUUGACGAUUAAUACUUUGUACCUUUAAAAGUUCAUACAUAUUCAAUGGAUAUAUCUGCGGCUAAUCCAUAAUGGGCUUACGAUCAUGAGCUGAAGCAGCACUAUUCUUUGACUAAUCUAAGUCCUUCUAGUUUCGAUGAUCUCUCAGUAAGAAUUUUAAACACAGAGUCAUUAGGUCUCAAGUAUACUCAAACAUAAUCAUCCUAGGCUUUAGCAUAACUUAUAACUAGCUGUGAUAUCAUUUGUAGAUUCUUGAUAUAUUGCUAGAUCAGACAGAAUACCUUCUAUGAUUACUUAAGCUGCCUCGGAAUCAAUAAGUCCCAAGUUAUAUUUGGAUAGGUAGAGUUUUUAUUUGACCCUUGGUUUUAAUUUUGA